GCAAUGUGCUCUGGAUUGCCGCAGACUGCCGUUCUGCAUGCCACAACUUCAAGAAGGAAGCUGCAUUCGCAGGCCAAUCUUUGCACAAGUCUUCGCUUGUGAAGCUUGGAUGCUGGACAAUCUGGAUGCAAGCUUUGGUUCCGAGAGCCGGAUCAACGCAAAUGCUCGGAAAAGCUGGCUGGUUGUCCAUCUUCCCUUGGCCGCAAUUGUGGGCAGAUUUCUGAAUGCAAUUUGAGGCGGCAGCACCAGCAUAAUUGAGUAGGGCAAGCGCACCAAUAGUGGCUUGUCCGUGUUCAGGGAGGCGCGGGGAGGCGACAAUCUGAGCAGAGGUGCAUUCACAGCGGAUGCCGAGCCUUCGCUAGGCGGUAGCGUUAAGAUGAGGAUUCAGCUGAGCUCGGAGUCGUGCUGAUCCUGUUUGCAAACUGCGUUGCACCAGCAGGGAGUAGCAUAAUGGAUUGGGAAUUGAGCAAGGAGAAUGUGCAGCCCUUGAGGUCUGGAAGAGAUGUCAAACUCCUCAAUGCAGCAUUGAAGACGAAGAUAGAAGCGGAAGCCAGUGCCAAAAUCAAGGUGGAAAAGCUAGAAAGCGAGCGCAGGUCAUUUGAACGUGACAUCCAGUUCUAUGAUGGUGACGACCCUCUGGCACCGUGGCUCAGGUACAUCAGGUGGAUAAAGGACUCAUAUCCAUCUGGAGGCAUCGAGUCCGAGAGCCUGCCCGUCCUUGAAAAGUGCACAAGAACCUUUCAGCGGGUGGCACGUUAUCGGACGGACGUGAGAUACCUGAGGGUCUGGAUACAAUAUGCUGAUGCAUGUGUCGAUGCGAAGGACAUCUUCACAUUUCUGGAGAAGAACGAGAUUGGGCAAGAUCAUGCACUCUUCUACGAGGCGUAUGCUACAAAUCUGGAACUUCGGCGAAACUAUGCAAAAGCCAGUGAGGUCUAUAAUUGGGGUAUUGCAAGACGAGCUGAACCAACGGAGAGGCUUGUCAACAUGUACAAGGCAUUCGAGGAUCGGAUGCAGAAGCGCCUAGAGAGGAAGAAACAGGAGGCAGCAGAGGGGUUGAGUUCAGCACCGGCCACUGAUGAGAAUGCGGGCAGGAGGACGCUCGCACCACUCAGAUCUUCAAACCCGUCAGUACGGCCCCCGCAACCCAUGCAAAACCAGCAGCGUCCUAAGCGAAAAGCAGCACCAACUCCUCCAAAAAGCAAGCUGGACAUAUUUGUGGAUGAAGCGUUUGGGGGCCCUUCCGCUGGGCCUAGCAUUGCUGCGAGCGGCAGAUCAGAGGCUCUUGGGCCUGCUCCGCUUUGGGAGAAGCUGCCAACUCAGGCGGAGGGCAGCAAGGAGAACUGGCAGAAGGCUUCGCAGUGGAGCGGCAUGAGGCUUCCGCAGAAGAAGACCAAGUCCGCUAAUGCAGGGAGCGGCUUGGAGGUCUUUGUGGAUGAGGAAUUUGCUCACUCUGAUUCUCAUGGAUCGGGCAAGUCAGACAAUGAGGCAUCCAUCCGACAAAAGCUGGAGGGGAAAAUCCUUGCACACAAAAAGCGGACCGAGUCGGAGAGCCUGAAGGAGGAUCCUCUCCGUCACUUCACCAAAGUCCAGCCAGCACCGCCCGGCCAUACUGGGCCCGUUCCUAGCCUCGUUGCAGUGACCAACGCCAGCCCCAAAUUUUCUAAAGGAGCCGCCCUGGCUACCUUCGCCUACGAUACCGAGGCCAUCAAGGGACCCCACGGCCAAGAGCUCUCCUUUGAGGAGCUGCACGCCCGCGACUGGGAGCAGACACACAGCUUGGAGGACGAACCAGUUCCCCAGCCCCCUCCCUCGACUGCCGAACCCGUCCCAGAGAGACCGCGCUCGCUGCUGUCCCUCUUUGCGGACGUAGCGGGGCCCGCUGAGAUCUCAUCCACGGAAACCCAAGGGGCAACCGACUCUGAGGGGCUGGCAGCAGAGUACCAACGGCUGAACAUUGGGGGUAGUGAACUGGGGGGUCAAGCAACCAGGGCGCACUCGGGCCCUGGAAGCGAGAAAGCGGUAGCCGACGACGGCUUCUUAGGGGGCCUUAACGCCCCUACCGAGUCGCCCGUUAGCAGGCAUGGGGGCCUCGUCGACCCGACCAUCAACACACAGGAGGCAAUGGCAGAGAUUAUGUCCAUGUUCAACCGCCCGCUCCCAGUAGAAACGGGGCGCAAGAACCUGAAAAGCUCCGUUUCAAAAGAGCGGCGAGAAGCCCGGGGAGCCUUUUCCCAGCCCGCCUUCGACUCUCCCCCGGCUCACGACCCCACCCUCCAGAUCUUUGCUGACGACUUCGUCCCGCGUGCCGCCAAGCCGCCCACUGGGAAGGAGAAAACGAGCAGAGGGUUCGGGCCUGUGGCUGGCCCCGAAAACAAAAACAAGGCCUCCGAAAACGGGGCUGGAUUUGAGUCGGACGCAGAGAACAGGCCCCCUCCGACCGCGCAAGCCCCCCGCGCCUUUCCAGCUCGCGACAUCCAAUCCCCGACCGCUCAGGAGUCCGCUCUCCGCCCUCUAAGCGUGGACCGGAUCCAGCAGCUAAACGUCCAGUUCAGUGCCGGCCAGCUAGCGUCUGACUACCCAGAAAGCGAGCAAACGGAGCCCCUGUUUGAAGAAACCGAACCCCUCCCGAACCCGUUCGAGUCAGGCGGGAACCCAGCGGAGGCCGCACUCCGGGUAGCGGGGCAGGGCGAACUAGAGGGGGACGACUUUCAGGUGUGGAGCGACGACCCCACGGAGAGGGCAAGCAACUCGAAUGCGCCUCAGCCCGUCAGCUUCUUGAGCAAGCCGAAGCUGCCUAGAGAUGACCCUUCAGCCGAGCGGUCUCGUCCUGCUGAGCACCCGGCCUCGUUAGAGACCCCAGUCGCGGGUUUCAGCGGCCGCUUGGAGGGGCGCGGCCUGGGAUCGACACGUGGCAGCCAGGCUGAGCCUGACGACAGGGCGGGCAGGGAGGCUGGCGCAUGGUCUGACGUCUUCAUCCCGGUGAAGUCCCUGGCGAGGUCGCCUGGCAGCGUACAGCGACCACUGCAAAGCAGAGACGCCUCUAUUCGCCCAUCCGACUCCGCCCCACAACCAGCCGCACUCCAGCCGCAGCCCCCGGCCCCUAAACUAAACCUAACCCCGGGGGUCCCCCUCGACCCGUGGGACCCUGCGCUCAUCGCCUCUCUCCUCAACACCCUUAACCCGCCCCUAACCUCCUACGAGGGUUUCGUUAACCUCGGCGGCGAGAGCUUCGAGGGCGCGUCCGCCCUCCGGCUGGUCAAGCGCAGCGCCAAGAGCGGCGGCGCCAUGCUGCAACUAGGGCGGGAGACGUACGAGGUGAAGCAGUGCGUCGGGAGCGGCGCGUUCGCGACGGUGUACUUGGCAUACCGGAUGGACGCAGGGUACACGACGGACCUGAUGGACGAGUCGGAGGAUGACGGCAUGCUGGCGCUCAAGGUCCAGCGGCCCGCCUGUCCGUGGGAGUUCUACAUCUACCGCCAGCUGGACGUCCGGAUCCCCGCGGCGGAGCGGCGCAGCUUCGGCUCCGCCAAGCGGCUGUUCUGCUACGCCGGAACCAGCGUUCUGGUCGCCCCCUACGGCGAGCACGGCACUCUGCAGGACCUGGUGAACGCGUACCUGGCGGCCGGCCAAAAGGGCAUGGACAGCACCACGGAGGCUGUCGCUGUCUUCUACACAAUCGAGCUCCUCCGCAUGCUCGAGGUCCUCCACGAGGCGGGCAUCAUCCACGGGGACUUCAAGCCGGACAACCUGCUCAUACGGAACGACUGCGAGCGGUGGGAGGACUGGGCGCCCGGCCGGCCUGGCUCGUGGCGCGACAAGGGCCUGACUCUGGUUGACUGGGGGCGCAGCAUCGACCUGGCCAGCUUUACCCCGGGGCAGACCUUCUCCGGGGACUGCAUGACGGAGGCGUUCCGCUGCAUCGAGAUGGUGGAGAAGCGGCCGUGGAGCUUCCAGGUUGACACAUACGGCCUGUGCACUGUCGUGCACUGCCUGCUGUUCGGGAGCUACAUGGAGGUGGAGAAAAUCACGCCGGCAGAGGGCGAAGCGCCCCUGUACCGGCAAAGGGCGCCUCUUAAGCGGUAUUGGAACGUGCCGCUAUGGCAACGCCUCUUUGACACGCUCCUGAACGUGCCCAGCUGCGACAAGCAGCCCCAGCUGGCUCCCCUCCGAGAGGCCUUUGAGGAGUAUCUGAACACCAAGAGCAAGUCGGUAAAGCCCCUCCUAAUCAAGCAGAACAUCAUGAUGUUCGACAGGAAGUCGGACGCGUAGAGGUUUUCGGUCCCAGACACGUAGCCAGUCCCUUGGGACAACGUAACUUAUCAAGGCUGAAAUUGAUGAGACUCGAUCGCCCAGGUACAGCUGGUGUAGAGACUGGCCAUUGAUGCCUUCUCUGGGAAUGUAAGUGGGUUUUGGCAGUGCAGCAGUUUGGUCCAGUUUGUCUGAGUAGCAGUUGCCCAGCUGAACAGAGGACCCCAGUCCCGCGAAUCCGCACAUGUAACUUUCGGCCAGGUUUUGGAAAUGACAGAAAGGAUUGUCAAGUGCUAUCAGUCGGUCUACCAUCUCACGUGAUUUCUU